UGGGAUUCGAGGUGCUGUGCCUGGCCAGCUGGGGCUGUGUGCUGCCGGGCCCGGGGAUGCAGGAGCUGCUCGUGGCUGGUGUUCCUUUCCUGGUGUUCCUUUCCUGGCAUUGCCUUUCCUGGCAUUGCCUCACCUGUGGGCACAGGGCCAGGGCAGGGCUGUGGAACCAGCCCAGGAGCUGCCAGCCUGGAAACGGGGCCAGUUUCACAACCUGACCUCUGAGUUUUGGAGGUUUAACCAACGGGAGCUUUCAAAACGCACGGCUGGUGGGAGGUUGGUCAGCAAGGCCUCUGUAACACACAUCUGGUGCUUUUCUUUAUGGGCAGCUGCUGGAAAACCAGGAGCUACUCCAGAGCAGGGCUGGAGAGGUUUCUGGCCUAAUUCUGAAUUUUAUCCCCAAAAUCUUUCUGGCCCAGGUCAUGGUCACUGGAUAGUGUUGCUAUACAGGUUUAGUUCUCCUACUCCUUCCAGUGGAACCAAUGUGAAGCCACCUGCCAAGCAUGAGAACCACCUGCCAGAUGUGAGAGCCACCAGCCUGCCAAGCCUGUGCCUGGCCCUGUGGGUUUGGUACUGAUUAACCUGCUGGGUUGUUAAUUUAACAGGAUACACCUGGCCCUGUGGGUUUGGUAGUGAUUAACCUGCUGGGUUGUUAAUUUAACAGGAUGCAAAUACCGGUUGCUCGACAUUGCUGAUUGUUGACUCAGUCUCUGCCUCUUUACUGGGUGAAGGAAACUUGGAGAAGAGGUGUUGUUGGGCUGGUGUUGUUGGGCUGGUGCAUUUGGGUUGGUGUGUUAGGCUUGGUGUGGUUGAACGGGGGUAGUUGUGGUGAUGUUGGGUUGGUGUAGUUGGGCUGAUGUCGAUUUGCUGUAGCUGGGUUGGUGGUGUUUGAGUAGUGUAGUUGGGUUGAUGACGUUGGGCUGUUGGUGGUGGUUUGGUGAUGAGGUGCUGGUAGAGCUGGGCCAGUGUAGUUGACCUGGUGUAGUGGGGAUGGUGUAAUUGGGUGCAUGGUGUUGAAUUUCCUUGCCUGGGUGGACAGUGCUUGUCUGGCUCUGGCCAUGCUCUCCCAGCCUCCAGACAGAGCAGGCAGCAGAGCAGCCCGUGUGUGUGAGUCACACUGGAGGUGAGCUGGUUUGAAUGAGGAAGUUGAUAGUGAAACUGGAGAGAGGGCCUGAAAACCGAUGCUUCCUCAUUAACCCACCGCUCUCGUGCUGCAGCCACUUCCCUUGGCCACCUCCCUCCUGCUGUUUGCCCUUGGCCACCUCCAUAUUUGGUGGCAUCUUCGAAGGUCUUUGACAGGAGGUGUAUGAGAGUGUGUCCUGUGUGUUCCUGCUGCACACAGCAGGUCAGCAGGAUGGGGCUGCUGUACCCUGUCACCUCAGUGGUUGCUUUCCUGUGGUUGCAAGAGGCUGUAAAACCUGAAAUAUGGCAACAAGGCUUGGUCCUGGAAGAGUCUUCUGUGAAAAUAAACCUCCAGCAGGCUCCAGGGAUGCUGCAGCCUCCCAAAAACCUGCUACUGGAAAAUACCUCAUCUCCCUGCAGCUUUCCCAGGGUUCAAGCACAGGGUCUGAGGGCUUCAUCAAGGGUUUCCUUCAGCUCAGCUCCACCAUGGCCCCAUGGACAUCCCUUCACCUCCCUCCACCUGCACCACCCUGGGGAAAAUGGGAUAGCCAAGGCUGUGCCUCCUGCAAGUCGUGGGUGAUGCUUGGAUGUGGGGCUGAACCCCCAAAUCCAACAACCUCCUAAAAACCAACAAACCUCAGGAUUUUCCAGGCCAGUUUCAGGGAUUCUGGGACUGGUGCUUUUGGUUUCAUUUGGCACUGAAUACAUUUGGUAUUGGUGUGCCUCAGGUUGGAGGAGCACUAAGGUGCUUUGCCAGAUCAGGUCAAAUAACACCCUCAUUUGGCAUUCAAAGGGCUUUUUGUUAGGUUUUUUUGUUGUUGUUUGUUUGGUUUUUCUCUUUCAUUUUUAUUUGAAGGGGAACUAGAGCAAUGGUGGCACAUUUUCAAUGUGUUCUUGUGCAAGUGGUGCAUUUAAUGAGCCUGAAAGGAAGCAAUCUCUAACUGAAGGCCAUUUUUUUUUCCUGCUUUCAAGUUGAAACCAUGAAGUCAUGUCUCUUAAGCAGCUUCUGCAGAGGUGGGAUGAGAUCCCUGUGGGAUGCAGGGGCUCUUACCCACCCCAGCUCCUGGGGGUCAGCUCCACACAGCCUCUGAUGGGGCUGGGACAUGAGGCUGGGAUGUGGGUAAAGAGAAAUAAAUCAAGAAGAAGGUGAAUUUUCUCCAAUAACGACGUGCUGCUGUUUCAAAAAGGAAUUCAAAGCCACCUCUAGUGGUUUGGGGCCAACAAGGUGACCACUGAUGAGCAUCCCUGACAAGGGAGCUGGAGGUUUGAUGUCCUGCUCACACAGCAGCUCAAGAUCUGUUUUUCUUUUCUCCCAUGUCCAGUUUUCACAUUAAUUUUAGCAAUGAGAAAUGUAUAUUUGACUUGAUAUUAAGAGAUACUUAAUAUUGAUUGCUGGGCAUGGUUAGGAAGCCCAUAAAUGAACACACAGCACAUGCACAUCCCCUAAUAACGGGAGAGACCUGAACCCUCAUCCUGCUUGCAAGUGCUGAUGUGUUUCAAGCACAGGAAAGGAAGAGCUGUUCAGAGGGAAGAAACAAAGUUUCUAAAGCCAAAUAAAUCGAUUCAGUGAGAUUGUCAAUGGAAAGUAGUUUACUGAGGGCCAGAGAUGCUCACAAGGCUUCCUAGGAAGAAGCUGGCUCUGAUACAGGAGUUAAAAAUGCCCCAUGCUGUAGGUUUUGAAAUAAGUGGAUUUGGGAAUGCAUUUCAGCUAGAGAAAAGUAUUUGAGAAGCUAAGCAGUAGUAGUUCAAACAAGCUGUAAAUAUUUAAUUCCUGUUGCUCUCUAGGCAGUACCUGUAGCUGGAAGGUUGCCAGCAUCUGCUUGGGGUCUUCUCUUUGCUCCCUGGGCCAGUGCCCAGGCCAGGAGAGGCUGUGGGCUUGUGAUGGCUUCACUCUGGUGUUAAAAAAAAAAAGGAAACAACCUGAUAUUUCCCUAUCUUAGAGGACUUGGAGUGUGUUUUGCUGUGGCAUUGGUUGUGCUGUCUGUCCUGAGAGCCCUGCUCUUCCCAGUUCACCACAGGGCAGAGUUGGGAAUUUAGUUUUGAUUUACUUUUUGGACCCUUUGAGGUUUUAUUUAGCACUGUAGCCCAUCAUGGAGUCAAUGCUGGCUCCUGGUUCAGCGGCCAGGAAGGCAUCACCACCUGCUCUGCCUCAAUGAGAGAUGUUGAUUUUACUGCCCCAACCAACCCAAAUAAUUCCUGAGUUCAGCAUCUUUAGUGCAACCCCCCCAAAUAUUUAACGUGGGACCUUCUGCUCACAUGCCUGAAGAUGUCCUAUUUGUUUUCCAACUUCAUCCCCUUUUGGGAAAGCAGGGCUUUGGGGAUGUGACAGUGAGCUGGGAGAUCCUGGUCCUGGCACAGGUGAUUAAGAGGCUGAAAAUCUUCCCCACCUGGAUCAGGGAUGGUGCAGUCAGGGUUGGCUAUGGAUGUAUCCUGCAUUCCUGCCCCACAUGGGCUCUAAAACCUUCUGCAAACCCCUGACAGCUGUUCUUUCCCUAAGGAAAGUGAGUAGGGCUCUCCCAGACCUGGUAAAUAAUGAAUAGAUGGGUGAAUAUCCAAAUUGGUGGAGAAAUUGGUGAGGACAGUGAAUACUGGAGCAGGACAACUCAAUUCAACUCAACUCAGCCCAGCCCAGCUAUUGGGAUUCACACAGCAUCUCCCUAAUGCUCCUCUAGGGAUGGCUUGCAGGAGCCAAGGAAGCCUAAGAAUACAAUUUAAUACAAAGUUAUUAUUUUCUCCCUCCAAGCCUCCUUCUGUGCCACCCUUGUGCAGGAAACUCUUGCCAGUGUUCUGCUUGGCAAUGGAGUUGGGUUUAUUCAGCUGAAGUUUCCCUGGUUCCCUGCUCUGCACCCAGCUCUGGCAUGGCAGUGGGAGCCCCUGGAGGGAGGGUGCACCUGGCAGCGCUGCUGAUGUUGGAUUUGGGAAGCCAGUUCUCACCGUGGUGUCCAGGAAUGCUGUGCCUCAGUUUCCCCACCUGUAAUGUGGCCUUUGGUGAGGACAAAAGGUGGCAGAACAUGUUUUCCCUGUGAUGGUGAUACCUUUCUUUUUCUCCCCAUCCUGUAUUAGAUCGAAAAGGAAGCUGUAAAUUUAAAUUAUUUUGCCAAUUCUUUUUUUGUUGUUAUUGGGGUUUUUUUUUUGGUGUUUUUUUGUUUGUUUGUUUUGGUGUUUUUUUCCAUAAAGAAAGGAGGCUCCUGCAGGGCAGUGCUUGGUUUUGACUGGAGCCUUUUUUUAUAUGUACAAUUGCUAGGGAGCAAAAAAAGAAGGUGAGAGGGUGUCUCCAGGACUCUUGGUGUCAUUUUCUAAGUUGGUUGGCUGUGGCAGUGAACCUGUUCUCAUGGCUCUUUUGUUUUUCAGCAACUCUCUGGGGGAAUUUGGGGCCAUUUCCAUGAGGUCCUGUGGGUUUCCAUGGCUGGUGAGAAGGUGUCCUGUCUCUGUGGCUCUGCGCCAUGCCUGCUCUGUGGCUGCUGCCCCUCAGCCAAGAACUCCACCGUCUCCCGCCUCCUCUUCACCUUCUUCCUCUUCCUUGGCACCCUCGUGUCCAUCAUUAUGAUAAUCCCUGGCGUGGAGAAGGAGCUGCACAAGCUCCCUGGAUUUUGUGAAGGCAGCAGCUCGGGGGUCCUGGGGGUGCAGGCCCACGUUGACUGUGGCAGCUUCCUGGGCCACAAAGCUGUGUACCGCAUGGGCUUCGCCUUGGCUGCCUUCUUCUUCCUCUUCGCCGUGCUCACGGUGUGCGUGCGCAGCAGCAGGGACCCGCGAGCGGCUCUGCAGAACGGCUUCUGGUUCUUCAAGUUCCUGGUGCUGGUGGGGAUCACGGUGGGGGCCUUUUACAUCCCCGAUGGUGCCUUCACCUCAGUCUGGUUUUACUUCGGUGUGGUUGGCUCCUUCCUCUUCAUCCUCAUCCAGCUCAUCCUGCUCAUCGACUUCGCCCACUCCUGGAGCCAGGUGUGGCUGCGCAACGCGGGCGAGAGCAACGCCAAGGGCUGGUAUGCAGCCCUCUGCAUCAUCACCUCCAUCUUCUACGCCUCCUCCAUUGCGGCUGCCGUGCUGCUCUACAUCUACUACACCAAGCCCCAGGACUGCACGGAGGGCAAGGUCCUCAUCAGCAUCAACCUCAUCCUCUGCCUCAUCGUCUCCGCUGUGUCUAUCCUGCCCAAGAUCCAGGAAGCUCAGCCACACUCAGGGCUGCUACAAGCAUCUCUCAUCACCCUCUACACCUUCUACGUCACCUGGUCUGCCUUGGCUAACGUGCCCACCCGGACCUGUAACCCCACGCUGCUAGUGAGGAACAGCACUGGCUCAGCAGUGGCCACCCAACUGCAGACAACCUGGUGGGACGCCCCUAGCAUCGUGGGGCUGAUCAUCUUCAUCCUCUGCACCCUCUUCAUCAGCCUCCGCUCCUCGGACCACCCGCAGGUCAACAAGCUGAUGCUGACGGAGGAGGGCGCGGGGGCACAGGGGGAGGGGGCCCCGCCGGGCGGGUCGCCCCGCGCCUACGACAACGAGCAGGACGGCGUCUCCUACAGCUACAGCUUCUUCCACCUCUGCCUCCUCCUCGCCUCCCUCUACAUCAUGAUGACCCUCACCAAUUGGUACAGGCCGGACGAGGACCUGCAGGUGCUGAGGAGCCCCUGGACAGCCGUCUGGGUGAAGAUCUGCUCCAGCUGGGCCGGGCUCCUGCUCUACCUCUGGACGCUGGUGGCUCCGCUGGUGCUGCCGAACCGGGACUUCAGCUGAGGUGGCCCUGGGCAUCCCGGCCCUGGGCCGUGUCCCUUGGGAAUGGGGACGUCCCCAGCUCUGCCUCGGCCUCGGGUUUUGCAUGUGGCAGCAGCUGCGCUGGGUUGUGCCUUCUUGCAGGUCUUGUUUUCAUCUGAAAGGGAUGAAGUGCCAAGCAGGGAAAAUCACAAGGGCUGAGCAAGACCUGAGGGUGUUUUUAGAGCUCUUCUAAACUCUGUGUUUGUCUAGUGCCUUUGGUGGUGCCUCCAUACCCUCUUCUUCUAGCCAUGUCCACUGCCUUAUCUUGGGAGGGUUUGGUUUUCACCAGGUGGUGUUGUCUCACUCGGUGCCCCAGGACUGUGGUGCCUUUUGAAGGGGCUCUGGGGACCAGCUGUGAGUGGGCAUCGGGGACCGGGCUGGUGUUGCCUCCUGAAACAGCCUGCAGGAACAUGAAUCUUGGGGAUUUGUGGCUGAAGGCAGCCAAAAUGUGGCCCCAGCUUUGGCCCCAGCUCCUCCGGGCUCUCCUGCCCAGCUGUCCCCAUGGGAGGAUGGGUCCUUGCUCCUCCCUGGAGCACAGAUCAGGUUUCCCUCAGGCUGUGCUGGCCUGGCCCCAGCACCUCGCCUCGUUAAUAAAGUCUUGUUUGGAGUAGACCUGA